CUCUCGUUCUCGUUUCUUGGGCGGCUCCUUCUCGAGCACAAGCCAAUCGAGGAUGGCAGAGGCAAGCAGCUCGUCGGAUGCGGCCAGCGAGGCAGCCAAGGCUCGGCGAGAAGCGCGGAAAGCGAGAAUUUUGGGUUCGGGCACAGACCGGCUUGCGAGGAUCACAAAGACGGGCCGAGGAGGCGAGGCCGAGGUUCUCUACGCCGACAAGCCCAAACCACUUGGAGGCCAGGCGGCGAUCAGAGACCCGCUCGAUGAGGCCCCAGGAAGGGACGAUGAUCCGCUCAUUGAACGAGCUACAGCAAGGACAGACACAGAUGACCCGGACGACAUUGACAUCUCGAAGCCAAGCGCUUCGAUGAUGGCGGCGCAGCAGCAACAGCAAAUGCCCUCUUUCUUCGGAGGCAGUGGCGAGGGGAUGCCCCAAGAUCUGCAAGGGAUGAUCCAGGCUAUGCAACAGGCCAUGGGUGCUGGCGGCCAACCUGGGCCCGGAGCGCCAGGCGCCGGUCCGGACAUGAAUUUCCCCUUCCCUCCUGGGAUGGGCAUGGGUACGCCUCCCUCUCAGCAGCCGGCCGAUCAAGCGUCUGGACCGCACUUUGUCGACCGGCUCUUCAACCUGCUCCGUGUUUUCGUGUUCAUCGGCUUUGGCUUUGCCCUCGUCUACAAUGCCAUCAAGACCGGCCCCGCGCUCGCCGAGCACGUCGUUCCCGAAGACGAGGCGGGCAUCGUGGAGAAGUUUGCGCACAUGAGCACCCUGCAUCGAUGGGCAAGACUGGGGUACGAGAGGCCGGCGCACUGGGAAGCCAGGUACUUUGACCCAGAGAGCUUCGGGCUGCCCAUCCAUGGAAUUCCCGUCUUUUGGCUCUUCAUCACGCUCGAGCUCGCCCUCCAGAGCUCCCGCAUCAUGCUGCAGAGGUCUCGACCGCAACCCCCAGGCUUGCUGUUGAAGAUCAGCAACUACCUGCCCCACCCUCAGCUGCGCCUCCUUCUCCGGACACUGGCUUCCUAUUUACCCCUCGUCGACAGCUUCGUCAACGAUUUGGCCAUAGUCGUGUUUGUCAUUGGCUGCACCAUUCUCUUUGCCGGCUGGCGCGUGGGCACCCUGCCCCUCUCGGGCGGCACUGAGCUCCCUGCUGGCCUCAGCAUCGAGUCGCUCGCGAGGCAGGGCGUCGAUGCGGGCGCUGCACUGGGCCAGAACAUCGCCGAAGGGGCUGCGGCUGGCUUGUCCUUCGAAGCGGCAAUGUAGACAGCAACUCUAGCGAGUAAAGCCUCUAGAGGGGGUUUUCAAAUCUAUCUCAAUAGUCUGCAUCUAUCCUUUGAACAAGUAUUUGCUGCA